AUGGAGCUGUCGGCGCCGCGCGAGGCGGCGGAGCGCACGCUCAAGGGCCUGUCGGACGCCAAGACGCGCGUGGACCAGGCCGCGCAGGAGGACGCGUCGUUCCCGGACCUGGCGGACCAGCUGAACGCGCAGUCGGAGCCGCAGAACUACUUCUUCGAGCCCUACGCGUCGCAGUGGACGCCGCAGCUGGCCAAGAAGGGAUCCGUGAUCCCGCUGCCGGGCGUGGUGGCCGCCGCGCUGGACGACACCAAGACGCUGUCGCUGUCCGGGCUGCUGCCGGAGCUGCGCGCGGCCUGGACGUCCGUGGACGCGCGCCUCUUCCUCUGGAGCUACGCGCAGCGCGGGCGCUUCGCCGCCAAGGAGUUCGACCAGGCCGUCGUGGCCGUGGGGCUCGUGGCGCGGCCCGCGCCCGGCGUCUUCACGUCCAAGGUGCGCCACGUGCUGGUGGUGGCCACCACCGUGGAGGUGCUGCUGCUGGCCGUCGUGCCCGACGACAACCAGACGGACGGCGCCAGCUUCAAGCUGCAGCGCACCAAGCUCAGCGUCAGCACGGACAAGUGCGUGGUGCGCCGCAUCGUCACCACGCGCAGCGGGCGCGUCUUCUUCGGCGGCUCGGACGGCGCGCUCUACGAGUUCCUCUACGCGCCGGAGCAGAAGGCGGCGGCCGACCGCAACUCGCUGCUUGGCGCGGCCCUCACGAACGUGCCCGGAGUCGGCCCGCCGGACGGCUGCAGGAAGGUCGCGCACACGUCCAGCUACGCGCAGUAUCUGCCGCGGUUCCUGGCGGGACUGGCCAGCGCGCCCGGCAAAGUGGUGGAUCUGUGCGUGGACCACGCGCGACACAUUUUGUACGUGCUCCACGACGACGCGCAGGUGAGCGUGUUCGACCUCGGAGCCAAUGGAGAUGAGACCAAGGCCGUGUGCGCCGUGAACCUGCUGGUGGACGGCGCCAAGUACGCGCGCGAGAACCGCCGCACCCGCGUGUCGUGCCCCGACGAGAGACUCUUCCAGCCGGCGGUGGCUGGAACGCCCAACCCUUUGAAGGUUGUGGCGCUGUCGACGGUGUCUCCUGACGAGUCCAAGGUUGUUUCGCUGGUUGCGGUGACGUCGAACGGCAUUCGCUUCUACUUGACGGCGUUUUCGCGGCGAUACACUUACUCGGGAGCUGGCACUUACGGCAGAGCGAAACGUCCGUCCCGACUCGAGAUUCUUCACAUUCGCCUGCCCCCUCCGGCUAUCGCGCUGCGGGAUGCGCCGCCGUACCAUGCCAAGGAAGGAAUGCAGCCAGGUUACGCGCCCGGAAAGAGCCCUAGCGCGGUGCACGUAGCAUUCCACCGCAAGGGCGUGUUCUUGUGCAUCGAAGGACGCCGUGACCAGCAGGACCAACUCGUGGGCAUUGCACACGACCCGAUUAGUACUACAGCUCUCCCCGUUCAGACAGGUUUGGCGGCUAGGAAACCCACGAUCCGAGAAGCUGUUUCGCUCGACACAUGCAUCGGCAAGGUGGUGGAUAUUCAGGAACUGGACCCAUACUCGAGCGAGGGCCCCGAGAGCGCGUGGAUUGCGCAGGCCGAGGCGGCGGCUGCGGCUUCGAGCACGAAGGGAUCCAGCAGCGGCAGCAAGCGUUCGUUUGACGAGAUGUUUACUGGUGUCCCUGCUGGAAGUGCCUCGGAGAACGCACCGGUUGUGGGUGAGAUGGCGCUCAUGUAUUCACAGCCUUCUCGCCACUUCUUGUGCCUUACCAACGCAGGUAUUCAGGUUUUCAAGAAGAUCCGGCCGCUGGACCAGCUUCACCAUGUGCUUCUACUUGCGCGUGGCCACGAACUCAAGGCUGCGCUGGCGCCGUUUGUGCGCUGCUUUGGCGAGAUUCAGGUGGUCUGCAUGCUCAUCGCAUUGGCAUGUGGUGUCCCCACUGACCCUCUUGUCAGUGAGACUUCCACGGCUGCUUCGCUAGUUGCGCCACGCCGUGCUGGUUUGACGUCGAUGAAGAGCGACGAUUAUAUUUACUCGGCUGCGGUCCAGAGCAUCUUUGAGAUUGCUCAGGGCCCCCCUGACAACGUACCGCUGGAGCCCGCUGCUACCUCUACGGCCAACGGUGCAUCUAGCACUGCGAGUAGCACGCGUAUCGUGCUUACGACGGAGUUCGGCAUGUCGUACCAGCACGACGGUUUGGUCGCAUUCGCUUCCCGUGUUCUUCGCCCGCUUUGGACAUCCAAGACUCUAGGCCGUCGCGUGGUUUCUCGCGUCUCCGCCAAUGCUGCUAACGGCUCUAAGUCGUCGGCCAAGUCUCCAGGAUAUGUGACUAGCUUCGAGAACAUCCAUUUCCCUGAGAAGCUGGACGAGAUCCGUGAGAUUCUGUUCCAGCUGCGGCAACUGAUGGAAAGCGCAGGACCGUUUGCUGUGUCAAUUAGCGGCGGCGCUGCACUGGAGAACAACCCGAGCUUGGACGGUGUUCUGGGCGAGAGUGCUGAGGCUGGCCUGUCGCGCGUGUCGGAGCUGGUGAUGCGCCACCAGAAGUCCCUGAGCGAAGAUCAACUGAAGCGUGAAACGCGUUUCAAGGCCGAACAGCGCUCCCUGUACUACCUUUACGAGUUGGUUCUGCGCAGUAUUGAGGCUAUUUCACUGCUGCGGAUUGCACAAGAGUACAAGGUGUCGCUGGAGGAGCCCCUCGCCCGCCUGAGCUUCAGCGAAUUGGUGACUACGACGGAUGGCUCGCUGGCUGCCAAGACCAUGACGAAGGCGCUGAUGCGCGGCCGCAACGAGAACAACCACUUCCUGAUCAAGCAGCUUCGCGAACAGUGCCCCACGUUUUUCUCUGUUUCUGACCUCUGGCACUACCAAGGAUACCGAAGCUUGUCGAAUGCCAAGCUCAGUGGAUCGCCCGUUGCUCGCAAGAACUUCUUGAAGGAAUCCCUUGACCAGUUCCUGAACUCAUGCCACAUGUGGGACACGGAGGACUGCCUGGAUGUUUUACAGGGAAUUUGCGAAGACUACACGCUGCUGAACUACUACGAAGGUGUCGUUAAGCUGUCGCUAGCAUGUGCCAAGCACUUCCACGAUGCCGGCGCUUCGGACCUGAGCGGUGUCAAGCAGACAUGGAAACGGCGGUGCUUCGGCUGCAUUUUGUUGGCUCUGCACCGACUUCUUGGUGGUGAGGCCGGUGACAAGAACAGCUCGGCUCGUGCUGCGGCGAACGGUGCCAGCCCUCAAGCUGUGGAGGAAAUGGUGACGCUAGAUGACGACACGCGGAAUAAGUUCGUGGAAGAGUUGUUCCACUUUGCGCUGGCGUCUGAGGACGAUAGCUUCCACAACUUGCUGUACACGUGGUUGUAUGAGCGUGGACACUCGCACCUGUUGACUUCGAUUCGCUCCCCGUUCAUCGAGGAGUUCCUGAAGGAGAAGGACCAAGACCUACUUGUGAAGCUCUACAUGGAUCAGCACAAGUACCUUGUUGCGGCGAAGGUGUGGUGGGCACGAGCCCACGAGGACACGAUGGGCGAAGACGAGUAUGCAACUUCCGCUCUUGUGGUCGCCAACAACCCGGACAUUGUCAAGCGUCAGUACUACGUAUCGAAGUCUCUUGGCUGUCUGAAGAGUUUGGAGGAUGCAGGUGAGGCCGCCGAGGCGAUUCGCGAAGUGCGUGACGUGCUGGAUGUGCUGCAGCUGCAAGUGCGUGUUCUGAAGGCGCUUGAGCAGAAGGUGAUCGAGCUGGAGACUUCUUCAUCGACCACGGACGAGCAGCUUCGGGAGCGGAAGACGGACGUGCAGCUGCUUACCUACAAGCUGUUCGACGCUUCUACCUUGUACAACCGAUUCGCGUCCAAGUACGAUAUGUGGACGGAGUGCCUGCACAUUAUUCACGUGUGCAAGUCGGAGGAGGCGGACGUGAUUGCGACGCUGUGGCGGAAGAUCAUCUUCAGCCUCUUGCCGCAGUCCUCCAACAACGCGGCGUUCAAUGCGUGGCGGCUGGACCAGUGCGAGAAGGCUGGUCUGCUUGCCACAUCAAGCAGUGGAAGUGGCGGCUCCUCGUUCGAGAGCGGCAACUGGAUCGGCCAGAUGCAGUGCAAGAUUCUGCGCCUGGGCAAGUCGCUCUACCUUGAGGGCGAUGACUCACACAGCGGCUCGGCCGCAGGAGUCGGUGGCUUCGUGUUCCCCGUGGGCUUCUUGGCCGAUAUAUUGGAGUGGAUCUCUCUGUGGUAUAUUCGAUCAGCGGGCGUUGGCUCCUUCACGGGCGGUGUUGCUUCGGCCUCGGCCAUCGACGCCACCACCUUCAACUGGGUACUGAAGCUGUUCCUGGACGUUGGUGUCCCGCACCGAUUGCUGCUGAGCUACUACGAGCAGCUGUACCGCGAGCAGCCCGAGCGGCUCUACCGGGAGGGCUGGACGCUGCACCUGCUGCAGUCCAUGCUGACCAUUAUUACUAUCUGGAAGAAGCAUGCGAUUUCCCCGCGCGCCGGCAAGGACCAACUCGCGGAGUUUGCCGCCUGCUGCCCGAACAUCGUCGACCUCUGCGGCGGCUUUAUCACGGAUCUGCGCGCCACAUCACAGGGUAAGUAA